GAGCUGGACGCGCUCAAGAAAGCGACGAUCGCAGAGGCGGCCUCGGACGCGAAGUCCAAGUUUCUCGCGCACAUGUCGCAUGAGAUUCGCACGCCGCUCAACGGGCUCAUCGCCGUCGGGCAACUGUUAGAGAGCACUAACCUCAGCAGGAUGCAGAGGGAUUACGUCAGCACGAUGCGAAGCUCUGGGGAGACGUUACAGGCGCUCAUCUCCGACAUUUUGGAUUUUUCACGCGUCGAGGCGGACAAGCUCACGCUGAGGCGCGAACCGUUCCACCCGCAGGCGGUGAUCGCGACGGUCAUGAAAAUCGUCGGGCUGCACUCGUCGAGGCUCAAACUGAACAUCGGCUAUCACGUGGAGGAUGGCGUCCCAGAAGUCGUCAUGGGAGACGCGAUGCGCGUGCAACAGGUGCUUUUGAACACGGUGAACAACGCGAUCAAGUUUACGGCGAAGGGCGAUAUCAUCGCGACUGCCGCCAUCGCCGCCGAGAAGAGCGAGGGCGAUAACCCCCCGGGAUGGACGCUUCAGUUUGACAUCAGAGACACCGGCAUCGGCUUGAACUGCGGCGACGUGAGCCGGAUCUUCAACUCGUUCCAGCAGGUCGAUCUCUCCCCGACGCGAAAAUACGACGGCACGGGACUCGGCUUGGCGAUCAGCCAACGCCUUUGCGAGGCGAUGGGGGGACGGAUGUGGGCAGAGUCCCCAGGUCUCGGCCGCGGCAGCACGUUCCGAUUCGACAUU